GCGCUCCGUAGGAGUGGCUCAAAUGUUUCGACAUCACCUCACCCGGCGUGAACGACAUCGGCCAAGCUAGAUGGUACUUCGACACGGCAGCUAACGUUGGGGUUUUGCAUUUCCAGAGGAAGAGAUAUCCAUUUAUCUCGCGUUGGAGCCAUACUGUACGUUACCACCAUGGCUCUUUACGAAUAUGUCACUCAGGACCAGCUGGCGGGCUUCGACAAAUACAAGUACAGCGCAGUGGACUCGAACCCCCUGUCUGUGUACGUCAUGCACCCUUUCUGGAACUUUGUGGUGAAGUUUCUACCAACAUGGUUGGCUCCGAACCUCAUUACAUUUACGGGCUUUAUGUUCCUUGUGUUGAAUUUCCUUAUGUUGGCCUUCUACGACUUUGACUUCACUGCCUCUGCUGCAGGACAUGAACACGUGCCUAGUUGGGUCUGGGUUCUUGCAGGGAUCUUCAACUUCUUGGCCUAUACACUGGAUGGAGUUGAUGGUAAACAGGCUCGCCGCACCAACUCCUCCACGCCACUAGGAGAGCUGUUCGACCACGGCCUGGACAGUUGGGCCUGCAUAUUCUUCGUGGCGACCGUCUACUCCAUAUUUGGCCGGUUGGAAAGCGGCGUGGGCGUGGCCACUCUGUACUACAUCCUGUGGGUGGUGCUGUUCUCAUUCAUUCUCUCUCACUGGGAGAAAUACAACACCGGCAUCCUGUUUCUACCAUGGGGCUACGACAUCAGCCAAGUGACGAUCUCCCUCGUUUACCUGGUCACUGCUGUCGUUGGUGUGGAGACAUGGUACCAGCCAAUCCUGUGGCACUUCCUCUACAGAGACCUUUUCAGCUUCAUGAUCAUUGCUUGUUCCUUCACCGUGACCUUACCCAUGAGCCUUAUCAAUGUCCUGAAGGCUCACCACAGUAAAACUCUGAAGCACAGCAGCCUGUACGAAGCCUUCCUUCCCUUCCUGUCUCCCGUCCUCCUCUUCGUCUUGUCCACCAUUUGGGUGGUGUUCUCUCCAUCAGGCAUCCUCGAGCUGCAGCCCAGGAUCUUCUACCUCAUGGUGGGGACAGCCUUCGCUAAUGUCACGUGUAAGCUGAUUGUGUGUCAGAUGAGUAACACACGUUGCCAGGCCCUGAGCUGGCUGUUGUUGCCCAUGACGCCGGUGGUAUUGUUAGCGGUGACCGGCGUGGUCGCCAACGAAACCCUGCUGCUGUAUCUUUGGACAGCUGCUGUCAUAUUAGCACACAUACACUUCGGUCUUUCAGUGGUACAACAGCUAAGCAGCCACUUCGGCAUCUUGGCCUUCUCCCUGAAGAAGUCCAACACUGACUGACAGGAGGAGGAUCGAAUCGGCUUGAAAGCAGCUGAGGUUUAGGCUCCUCCCAUCCUCUGCUUGUCGACACUUCACUCUCGUCACCACGGAAACCACAUCCCCUCGCCUCCUUCAUCUAUGAGGAUACUGCAAGUGGAAUGGACUGUGUUUCCACUGUCCCUGAACACACACACACACACACACACACACACACACACACACACACACACACAUACCCAACAAACCAACCAACCAAACUCUGGCCUCUGCGAUGGAGGCGGACCCAGGGGCUUUGGCUUCCGUAAUUGGUGAUUGGCUAACUUGAUUGAGCCAAUGAGGUGCAAUUGUUUCCUACGGAAAUGUGCUUCAGUCAUGAGGACAGGAGCCAUGAAAACACAUGCACACAAACACAUACAUGCACACACAUAUACUCUGCUUCCAUGCAGAUAAUUUAUAUCUGGUGGCAGGUAUUUCAAAAACAAACACAGCCACACACAAACUAACAGUUGCACUCACAUAGUAUUAUGAAUGUAUAAUAUGCCUUGGGGAAACGCCAUUUAAGUUUAAUUAUAUUAACAGGAAUGCCUCAAGUAGUGUUGUUUUCAAACCUGUAAAUUGUGGCUCGUACAUCAGAGCUGUGUCUAGAGUUUAAAGGUUGUCACCUUCUUCAUCAUGGGACAAUUUUCAGUUGGAAUCCCAGCGAUAAAUGUUAAAAGCUAUAAAUAUAUAUAUACUGUAUGUGUUAAGGGGUUUAGGGCAUUUUAUUUUCAAACAGAAUUGAAACUUAAAAAAAGAGGAUAAAUCCUGUGAAACAUUGUAUACAUUUCUCUCUAAUUAAUGCCACGUUCUGCUCUGUGAUGGCGGUUCUCAUGAGUAAACAGAGUUGGAUCGUGACUAACCAGGGAAAGAACUGACCAGGGUGACCGCUGACCUUUAAUAUCCUUUCCACUUGGACCUCUGACGGAGCAUUGGCCUCCCGGCUAUCCCUACCGUGUCGUGUCUUCAUGCUGAUUCGUUAUUUUAUUUUUAAUAUGUUUGAUAGUAUUUUGUUAAUCUGUUGCCAUGGCAAUGGUUUGAGGAUCAGUUGCGCAUCGCUUGAAUGAAGAGUGUGUUCAAAAGCCGUUACCGGAGAGGACUCACUCUGAGGGAACAAGCCGUCGCACCGCUCACACAGAUAUUAUCACAUCCUUUUUUACUGUCACAUAAUGUUGCGCUUUUUCUUUCUCAGUCUGUUAAACACUGUUUUUCUUUGUCUGUGUCAUAGGAUGUUUCCUUGGUAACAUUGCAUAUUCAGUAGUGGCUGCAGACUGGACUUUGGUUUGUCAUCAAACUGUGUUUUCACUGCCAGGCCAAAUCCCAUUCCACAAGGCUCACCGAUCGUUUUGUUUGCUUCCCAACAAAGACCGUUUGUCCGUAGCUUGGAGGAAAAAGGUUUGUGUGUAACCCAACUCCAUUUGGUUUAAAGUGUAGUCUUUGAAGGACUUUCCCAGAUCUGUUGACAUAGCAGAAAAGUCCCCACUGCUUCUUUCAAGAGACUCGCAUUGCAAACUUGGCCUGAUUGAAGCCUUAUGAUCAAUGUGGAGCAAAAAUGAAGUCUGCUUCAACCCCAGGCCAGGCGUGUCACUUGAAGACCUGUUCGAGUGACACUCAUGUGGUUUGAAUGGCUCAUUGAUCAGGGGUUACGUGAUUGGAUGGAUUUGUUAAUGCAGCUUAUGGGAUAUAGUGUUCCACGAGUGUCUGUUUCACGUAUAGACAAUUGAGUCUGCUGGCCAACGUCACGCCUCAAUUCUCCCUGUCAAAAAAAACUAAAAACACGGGUAACCAGUCGGCUAAACAUCUGUGUUUCUGAAGGACAACUGUAAAAGUGAACCACAUUAACAACUGUUGGGAAAGCCUUAUGAACAGCUUUAGGAGUUCUGUCUUUCUGUCAUGCCAGUCUGAAUGUGAAGUCACAGUAAUAAUUAUGUUGUAUACAUGAAAAUGUGGGGGUAUUUAGGACUAAAAGGUACAUAGGAGACAUUCAAUACUGUAGGAAUUAGAUAAAAAAUAUACUUGGAGUUGAAUUCUACUCCUUCAUUUCUACCACAUGUUUUGUAUAUAAUUGAGCAACACUGAACAUUUUAUUCCAGCCUUGUAGUGUUCCUCUAUGAUGACUGGGAGAAACCAACUCUACUGCCAUAAUACCCAGUAAAGUAGCCUAUGUUGCUUUGUAGCACUUCUGCUCUGCAGCUGGGGAACAGUCUCUUACAGUCAAAGCACACAAACAAUAUAGGAAUUAGAUUUUGCCCCACAUCUGUGACUUUGGAGACUGUAGAUUGUAGUGAUGAGUGAACUGUGACUGAGAUUUCACCACCAAACACUAUUUUUGGUAGGUACAUGCACUGUCUAUGUAUGUGGAGAUCUAUGUGUACACGUCUGUUAAUGUAUGGCUGUAAACUCUGUAUGUGUGGAUAUGUGUAAAUACAUAUAUUAUUUGCUCAUUUUAAUUUUGGUUUUGUAAACUACAAAUGGUAUCCAGUUUCCUCCAAACAUGGGGCAGAGGCAUCUGCUUCCAACACUGCAAAGCUACAACUCUGUCGUGGUAGUUAUUUGUUUUUUAAACGUUUGUUUAUCUUCGCUGCUCUCCUGGCUGAUUGGGAUUGAGUCUCUUCUUUUGGAAUGCAUUCAGAAGGGAAGGCUCUGCGUGUGAAGACCUUGAGAACAAUCAGUACGAACGAUGCUAAAUGCAACAAGGGAUUUUGUGUCAUAUCACUCGGAAUAUGUUAUUUGUGUCAGAAAAAGAAUGCCAUUUCAAAAGAACAUGUAACAUUUCAGACAGAAUAGAGCAGCAACAAUUGGUCAAGGGACAGAAAUAAUCACCAACUAUUUUGAUAAUUGCGAAACCUAAAGAAAAUGCUGUUUCCAGUCUCAAAUAUGGAUAUUUCCUACUGUCUUAAUGUCAUCUUAUUCUGAAUAUCUUUGGGUUUUUGACUUACGGUACAAAACAUUUGAUGACAUCACAUGUACUAAGAGAAACUGGGAUAUACAUUUUUGACUAGUUUCUGACAUUUUAUAGAUCUAAUGGAUUAUUUAAAAAAAUAAUUGUUGCAGCUCUAUAGCUGCACCAACCAUAAAACAAGUGAGCUACUCAUCCAGUGGUAAAAAUUAAUUUACCAGUUCAUUUACUGAGCACUUUUUUUAGUGUACUCCUCACUUUCUCUCAUUAUAUUGUAAGAAAACGGUCUGAAUCGCCCUGGAUCAACCAACAGAGCUGUUGAAAUUGUGACUAAGUUGUUGUUUAACGCUGCCCUGGCGAACACUAUGAGCUUCGGUGUGGCUACUUGUGAUGUUGUAUUUAACCAGUAAAGAAAGGACGGUCCAGAUACAAAUAAAAGUGCAUUUUCUUUAACCACUUAA